CCCCGAAGUACCUUACAGCCAGGUGGAGGCAGAACCAGCAGAACUUCGAGGAGCCAAAAUCUCGGCAUGAAUGACAUCUCUGACUGAGGAUUUCUAGACUUGUUUAUUGUUUCGCGCGUGCGCAGAAGAGAUAUGAGCAUAUGAGUUAGCGCGCGAAUGUCGCUACAUAAACGCAUGUGCGUGCCUGUCAAACAUCUUGGACACACGACCGGCGCAUGGCGUCGUUGGCAGGCUGACGAACAUGGGAGGCUCGUACGAUCUUCAUAACAUCGUUCGCAACCUGCGCUCCCACAAGAACACGGAACGCAAAAGGGCAUUUUCUUCAUUGAGGAGUGCAUUGAAGGACCAGAGCACCCUUGCCUCCCUGGACAAGAACACACUCGACAAAGUCAGCCUAUCCUGGGACUUGGUUGCCACCAGCAUUGCCAAAAUUAUUGAACAGGAGCUUGACAAAUCUGCUGGAAAUGGCAAAGUUGGACCCGAUGUGCUUGCUGCUGUCGAGCUGCUGAGAAGAGUGGUUCAGCUGGCCAACAGAAGGAAGUCACUACUGAACCCUCGCAAGAUAUUGGAGCAUGUCCAGUGGUUCCUGACCCAAGGGGCGUACGAGCCUCUGCAAGUGCAGUACACCAGCCUCCUGCGGUUGCUGCUGCAGAGUGACUGGCAGGCCACACUGCCGGCUUCUCAGUACCACAGUCUGGUCAAAGGAGUUUGCCAGCUGCUACGCUCGGACAAGCAGGAUGUGGUGGGGCUCAGCAGUGCACUGUACCAGCUAAUAAUAUCUGGUUUUUACCAGGAUGACACCUCCCUUGAAAUGGUCCUCGAAACACUGUCUGGUUCUUUUGGCAAGAUCAGGGAUACUGGCACAGCCAGCCAAGUGGUUCUGCAACUGUCCAUCUUGGUGGAAGUGGGCCGUCGGCUCGGAGGCAGAAGGCAUCGACUGCUCUGUGACCUGGGGCAGCCCCUGGUGCGCACCCUGCUGCGCCUUUGCACUUGGAAUUCCCCGCAGAUCAAGGUGCUGGCCCUGGAGUUCCUUGCUCUGCAGCUGAGCCUGCACAGGGGCGACACAGACCAGAGCGUGUGGCAGUGCCUGCUCGGAGAUUGGCACGAGCUGCUGAUGCAGCAGCUGCAGGAGCGGGCCAUCUCUGGGCUCAACCAGCAGGAGGAGCGCAUAAGGAGCGCCCAGGUGUGGCUGGCUGCUGAGAUACUGCACCAGCUCGAGGCGUGGGACACUGCGGUUGCUGCACUGUUGGCCACCAAGCCCGGCUGCCGAGAAGUGAUGUCCAGGCUGGAGAUCGUCGCAUGCUACUUGUGGAAGUACCCGGAGAGCGCCAGUCACGCGUGCCUUCAAAAGCUGCUGGAAUUUCUCACCCAGUGCUACUCGUCCUGUAAGCUGCUGGACGUGAAACGUUGUGUCCUUCUCUGCUACUAUGGGGUGGCCCAUGCAAUUGGGCCUGGCCAGAGACCGUGGCCCCUGUGGAAUGCAGUCUGGGAGCAGACAGUCAAGACCGUCUUCCUGAACCAGUGUGUGGAGGAGGGCCACUUGGUGCUGCAGGAGCUUCUGCAGAAGCAGCUGGCAUCCUGCUCUGACCUGGCAUCCCUGUUUUGCCCAGGCCGUCCGCUGGAGCCUUCGGCCCUGCGCAGCUUGUGUGUGGUGCUGCACCAGGCUACCUACCUGGACGUGGCUGCCGUAGUGCCCGACAAGCACAGGUGGCGACUAUGGCUGCUGGAGUUUGUGCUGCCGGCCACUGUCCAGCUGGGAUCUGCACCGGUGCUUGUGGGUGAGCUGCUUGCGGCCUUGUGCUUGAGGCGGCCGGCCACUGCUUUGUCACACAGCACUCCACCUCAAGUGUGGCACGACCCAUACCCCUGGAGGGCGGCGCUGGACGCCGACCUUGAGCGUCGGAUCACUGCUGUCUCACGGACAGACUCUGGGGCCAAAGACACAGACAGUGAGCACAAGACAGCAACUGUCGUCGAGACUGCCUGGGAGGCCACGCUUGACGCACUCGCCAAGCAGGGCCUGGCGUUCCUUGACUCAGCAGAAACAUUGCCAGCGUGCCUCUGUUCUGGAGUUAUGGCAGCCAUUUUGCUGACACGCAUGUGGCGAAUACAAGUGAAGCAAGACUUGUUUGAGAGCCCUCUCAUCGAGAAGCUACAGAGCUGCCUGCGAGACUGCACAGAGAAGCUAGUGCAGCCCUGGGAAGCCAUGCCAGCCUGGCUCGGCCUGCUGGAGACCCUGCUGUCGUACGUGGAGGGAGGACCGUUACCGGCCUGUGAGUGGGUGCUGGCUGCUCUGCCACAGGAGCUGGAUGCCUGCCUGCUCUCCACCCUUCCACUGGACUGCACAGAUGACAUAGGUGCAUCACGGCUACUGGGCACGACCAAGGGUAACCACGUGGAAAUUGACAGUGAAGACCAGUGGGCCUGUGAAAACCUUUCGUCACCCAGUUUGGCAUCUUCUCAAAGCUCCUCAAGUGGGGAUGAAUUUGCCGAGCCUGUCUUCUCCGACACGGCUGCCACGGUGUUGUCACCCGAACGGCUCACCUUGGAGGAGACACAACAGCUGGCGGUGCUGCGCACUGCCUUGUCUUACUUCUGCCUAAACCGCCGUGUUGCCGGUCGUGGUGCAUUUGACCAGCUGCUCCAAGUGCUGGAAAAGGCAGCUCGACGGCUGACCGCAUGGAACAUCCAGGCGGCACUGCUGGUGCUGCGGAUGCUGCUCGAGCGGGCCAAGCUGCUGACCGAGGCUGAGCUGUUUUCACUGGUUGACGCCCUCAGGGAGCUGAUGAAAGUCCACUGUCGUCAGCUGGAUGUGUCGACUGCCCUGCUGGAGCUGGCAAGACUCUGCGUGCCUGCACUGAGCAACUGGACCCACUCGGAGCUGCGCCAGUGCUUCCUGGUGGUGCUUGAAGCCUACGCUGCACUGCUAUCACAAGGAAUCCUCAACGAGACUGCCUCCCUGGCAUUUCUCCGGCUUCUAUUGGAUUGCCUACAGGGUCCAGGCAGGUUGCAGGUGCACCUCACAGUUGGUGGUCAGCCAGUCUCAGUGCUCGAGUACACUCUUCGGUUCUUGGGCAGCAACUACGAUUCUGUGAGGACGUUAGCAGCAGAAAAUGUGGCAGUCUUUCUCAGUGGCCAACAGCCAGUCAGCCUGCACUCCUUGCUGCCACUUUUGUCAAAACAUCUUGGAGCUGACGUGAGCAAAAAGGAUGAACACUACUCGGGCUGUCUGGUAUACGCAACUGCACUCGCCAACGCAGCCAUUGCCUUGGGGCCUCACCGGGGUGGCAAGGCGGUGACAGUGCUGCUCAAGGCUGUCAGAGACAGGGGCCUACCAGGCAUCCUUGCUGCAAAGGUUCUUGGCUUUACGGACAGCAAGCAAGAGUCCUGGGCUGUGGUGCACCUGCCUGCUGUUGUCUACUAUUGGCUGAAGCAAGGGUUGCCCCUGGACGAGCUGCCCAUUACAGCACUCGGCUGCUCAUCGGCCACACAGUUCUGGAAGUGCCACUGGCUUCACGUCUUGCCUGAGGUGGUGGAGUGCUGUGACAACAGGGCCGUACAGCUUGUGAGUGACAGCGUGGGCCUUCCUGCCAAGGAUCUUCUCCUGAAGGUGGCACCCUCCGUGCUGAGCCGUGGGUUACCCUGCUCGGAGCCGUUGCGUUUCCUCGAGGAGCAGCUAUCGCCAGAGGUUGUGGAACAGGUGUUGGUGCACCGUCUUCCCGAGGUGCUCGUGUGUGUGCUGCAGCUGGCCUGUGACAUUCCUGGUCAUGCAGCGCUGUCCCCUGAUGAACUCUACCCUCCGUGCUUGGCUGAAGGCCAGGUGCAGGAAUACCUGCGGCUUCUGGAGCGCACAUGCGGCGGUGAUCUUUUGGCAGUGCUCUUGCGCAAGCAGGACGGUGUUCAGCUAGUGUUGGAGGGUCUGCAACAGCCUGCUGGUCCCAGCCUGGCUGCACUCAAGCACCUGGUUGCCAUGUUGUCACCAGCAAGACCGAAUGGCCUCGAUGGCUCAGAGUGCUUCGUGCUGCGGACACUGACAAGGCAGCUGCUGCGGAAGCUCCCGGUUCAAGGCGGUAUGGAUGACACUGUGAGGCUUGUGGCACGCCUUCUGCGACAGCUGUAUGCGACCACUCCACUCUACAAGGAAACUGCAAGGAACCUGCCAGUCAUCAUUAAUGCCCUGGCACCAUUUGUUUGCGACGAGAGUACUGAUGCAGAGGUGCAGCGUCUGGUUGAGAUUCUGCUGUCGGAUGACCAGCUGGAAGUGGCAGUGCUGCGCCUAUCCCCAUUGCCACACAGGCAGGUGGCUCUCAAUGCCGUACACUCACGCCUCAAGAAGGGCAGCCUCACUCAGGUGCUUGCUGUUUUUGCUGAAUCACUCAAGCAGGGCCUGCUGAGUGGCCACGAGGACAUUGGAACGCUAGUUGCACUCAGCAGCUUGCUCAAGCAGCGCCAUGCCGAAUUGCUACAAGAAAUACAAGGGAAGCUGUUCUUUUCGGAGAUGGCCAGUUCUAGUCCACUGCACCAGCUGCUUGUGGUUCUCUUUGAGCAAGCCAGGUCCCCUCACAAGCAGGUGAGAGAGGCUUCCCUGCACUGCCUUGGCAUCCUCGGCCCUGUGGAGUGGCACCUGCCGUGCCUAUCGACAGCGCACUGGAACCCCAUCUCGGGCAUGGUGGACGAGGCAGACAAGGGCUGUCAGGACAUCACCUAUGCAUUCAUCUUCCGCAGAAUGGAGCGUUACCUAAGCCAUCCAGACACCAAGCUGUCUCAUGCGGCAUGCCAGGCACUCAAAUCUGCACUGGCUACACCGGCAGGAUUUGCCUUUGAAUCGAAGCACAGACUCGAUGGCGACAUGAAGGACAUCUUUUCUUUGCUGCACCCUUUUGUGCCUUCACGUUAUGACGUGUGCCCCAGAGAGCGCCCUGUCGGUGCCACCGACCAUUCGCAGCUGUGGGCACCCGACGAUGCCUGUGACCACGCUGCCUGGAUCACCAAUCUGGUCUGCACGCUGAUUCGGUGCUGCAAUGACCACGUCUUAUGGGCUCUGCUGCCUCUCUGCACAAUGGCGGUGGACCUGUGCGAGCUGCUGUUGCCGCUGGUGGUGGAGACACUAGCAGAUGAGGGCACCCACUGGAAUGCGGUCGUGUCGGGCAUGGCCACCUUUCUUCAGUGCCAUGCACAGCUCAAGGACGACGCCCAGAAGAGCCAGUCAACUGUCGUUUCCGAGCCAAUGAGCACCGAGGUGACCAGUGGCCAGGUUUACUGCUCUCAGGCAUCCGUGGCUGUUCUGAUGUCAGCCGUGGAACGCAUGCUGGUCCGCCGGGAUGCCAAGGCCACGACGCUGUGGGAGGGCCUGCGGCUUGGCCGUUUCAACUUCCUGCAGGCAGCUCAGGCAGCUGAGUUCUGUGGUCACCAUGUGGUUGCUGUACAGUGUGUAGAGCUGUGGUGCGACUCGCAGGCCCGGACGUCUGAGGAUGGCGGAUUGCUGCACUGGAGUGCUGUGGAGGCUGCGCCCGUGCAGUCGGUGCUGGUGGCCUCCUUGUCGGGCCUUGGGGACUUGGACGCCCUGACUGGAUGCAGAUGCCUUGCACUGGGGGCACACUUCCCUCUGUGGCGCCACUGGGCAGAGCAACAGGGCGCGCAGUGGCCGACACUGUUGGCACAGGCUGAUCUCGAGGCCACAGGACGUAACGCCCGCCUCGGCCAUGCCUUGAAGCAGUGCGGACUGUACAACACGCUGACUGCCUACCUGGAACCUGGCACUCCAGACUUGGCCGAACUGCAAGCUGAGUGCGCCUGGCGAUUGGCUAACUGGGACUGCCGCCUGCCCCAAAACGACCAAGGUGGACGCCAGGGACUGCACUGUGGUAUUUUCAUGGCACUAUCGUCCAUGACCAGCCAGGACGCUGAUGAACUCUGCUCUGGACUGAAAGCCUGCAGGGAGCUACUGAGCAGUCGGUUCUCUUCAAUGGCCCAGCUUGGUUCAACGCAGCAGCUCAACCAACUUCUGGCCAAAUUGCAAAUGUGCACAGUCCUCGAGGAAGGCGCUGCUCUUCUCCACAGGAUCGAGGAUGGCCUGCUGGCCAGGUGGGAGCAGAGAGCAGUGCAGCCGGCGGUGCGGUUCGACAUAGCCGAGCCAGUGCUGUGGCUGCAGAGUGUGGUGCUUGGACAGCUGAAGAGCCCCCAGGCAGAGGCUGCCCGCACCACUAUACUGGCACACUAUGCAGGGCAGGCACGAAUCAGUCAGCGUUCAGCGCUUGCACGUGUAGCCCUCCGGCAGCUGGAGUGUUGUGCCCCUGGUGAGGCAAGCCGGUGGCUGUUGGAGGAGGCACGGAUCCAGCUGGCACAGGGCGACUCCACCCAAGCCCAGCACACCCUGUGGACCCUGCUGAGGCAACUGAGCCAGCAGCAUGAGGUGAACGGCACAGACAGCGUCAAAAGGGCGUAUGCCGAAGUGCUGCAGCUAUAUGGAGAAUGUUUGGCCGAGUCUCGCUUGGAGAGCUCCGACACCAUCGCAAAGGAGUAUUUUGACAAGGCUGUGCAUCUGCUGUCGGGCCGUGCAGAGGAAGCCCUGUGGGCCGCCCAUCUGAGGUUGGCCCAGUUUGCCGACUCACAGCUGCAGAGCAUUGAGCAGUACUUGCGCUCGCCCGAGUUCAUUGCCAAGCAGGAGCUGCUGCAGCAGUCAUCGUACAUCCUGGAGUCGUCUGGCAAGCGUACAUCCAUGGAGGAGGCCCAUGCCAUGCGACUGCUGGAGCGCCAAAGCAACCUGGACCGAGGCGAGGAAGCAAACUUGAAAGCUGCGCAGAAGCGGCACCUCCUCCAAGCCAUCGACAACUACUUGCAGUGCCUGCGCGGAGGGCACGACCUGCGCUUGUUCCGGCUCGUCUCUCUCUGGGUUACUAACGCCGCUGUGCCCGAAGUCAAUUCCUUGCUUAAGCAAGGCCUCAGCAAACUGGAAAGCCACAAGUUUGUGCCCCUCAUCUACCAACUGGCUGCUCGCAUGAGUCAGCCUGACGGAAGCACCUUUCCACAACUCCUCUUUCAGCUGAUAGAGCGUGUGGUGCGAGACCACCCAUACCAGACCUUGCCUGUGGUAUUGGCACUGUGCAAUGCAGACAAGGACUCCACAGCAACGGCCCGACAACCAAAGAGAGCCAAGACCACUGAGGACCGUGUGGAGGGUGCACGCCACCUUGUGUCGCAGCUACGCAAGGGUAACGGCCUCUGCUCCAAGAUCCUGGGGCCACUUGAGCGGCUCAUGGAUGCAUACAUUCACCUGGCAUACCUGGACCCACCCAGUGCACCACGAGGACAAGUUCGGCUCCCCAGGGACACACCACUGCUCAAGUGGGUACCAAUGGACACCAUACCUGUGCUGACGCAAAAUGUUGAGGUGGAUCGCAGUGGCUCAUAUUGUAAUGUGUCAGGAAUUUUGAAGUUUUCCACACAUUAUCGACUAUGCGGAGGCAUCAACAAGCCAAAGGUCAUCGCCUGUGUCAGUCAAGAUGGCUGCGAGUACAAGCAGCUUGUCAAGGGCCGUGAUGACUUGCGCCAGGAUGCAGUUAUGCAACAGGCCUUUGGCCUAGUCAACUGCCUGCUUGCUCAGAAAGAGACUGCUGGGAGGCUGGCCAUGCGCACCUACAAGGUGGUUCCACUUUCGCGCCGCAGUGGCCUGGUGCAGUGGUGCGAUGGGACGCAGCCCUUCUCAGAGUUCCUGCUCACACCACAAACAGGGGCCCACCAGCGCUACCAGCCACAAGACUGGACAGCGGCGACUUGCCGCUCUGCCAUGCAGAAAGUGCACAAGGGUUCCCCGGCAGAGCGCCUGCAUGUCUACCAGGAAAUCUGCAGUCACUUCCACCCAGUUUUCCGGUACUUCUUCUUCGAGCAAUUCCCAGAACCGAGCCGGUGGUUUGAGCGACGCAGGGCGUACAUCCACAGUGUCGCCACAGGAUCAGUAGUUGGCUAUGUGUUGGGACUGGGAGACCGUCACUGUGCCAACAUUCUUGUUGACAAGCAUUCGGCAGAGUUGAUUCACAUUGACCUCGGUGUCGCAUUUGAACAAGGCCGAGUGCUCAACACACCGGAGACAGUGCCAUUCCGCCUGACACGGGAUGUCGUGGAUGGCAUGGGCAUCUGUGGUGUGGAAGGAACUUUCCGUAGAUGCUGCGAGCGUACCAUGGAGGUGAUGCGUGCCUCCCGGGAGCUGCUGGUGACAGUGGUGGAGGUGCUGCUGCACGAUCCGCUCUCCUCGUGGACCUUGAGCCCCGAACGUGCAGCAGCGUUGCAGGCCGAGGGCGACGCUCCCACUCGGCGGCCCUCUCCAGAGUUACCCCACAACCAGGGUGACAACCGGCUGGCGCGGCGCAUGCUGCUGCGGCUGGAGCAGAAGCUGCAGGGCCUGGAGGAGGGGGCACCCCUGAGUGUGGCAGGGCAGGUGAACCUGCUCAUCCAGCAGGCCCAGGACCCACACAACCUGAGCCGCCUGUUUCCCGGCUGGCAGCCCUACGUGUGACCGAUGAGCGUGCUGGUUCGUCAAAUCUGUCAAGGGUGUUCCAGCCGUAGAGAUCAUUCCAGAGCUGCCAUCGUCAUCAGUUGCUCACUUUUGAUGCUUGAGCUCACUUGAACAAUGGCAGCAGGUGGCUGCAUUUCUGACACUUCCACUUCCUCCAGUGCUGAAAUCCUGUUUGUUACCUGUGCUUUUACUGCAAGGCUCAUGUGAAGCGAUCCUGUUGCUUAGCCUUAUGGUGGUUGCCAGAUAUAUUUUGGAAAGUGCCAGAGGCCAGCAUCUCCGAUAAGUUCAAGUAAGACGUAGUUACAGCUCACAAGUGCCUCAAGUUUAAUUAAUACUGUUAUUCCGUGAAUACAUGGAACAAGUUAUUUUGUUUCUCUUUUUUGUGUGUGUGUGUGUAUGUGAAAAUUAUCUUGCUUGCAAAAGCACAUUUCAAUGUAUGAUAUUCAAAACGAAGCUCCAAGUUUUCUUUUGUUCCACUUUUGAGCCUUUGCUGCAGAGUGAAUCUGAGAUGCAGAAUGUGCUGCGUAUGACACGAAGAGUUGAGCAAGAAGUGGUGUUGUUGAAAGCUAUAUGACGGCAAGUCUUCAGCAUGAAUCUGAUAUGUAGGUCGCUGGUACAUUAAUGUCCUGCAUAGCACAAUUGGUGAAUCGGAACCAUGAUGCGUAUCCAUAAACGUGCAAGUUUGCACUCAAGAGCAUGCUGUGCCAUAUUGCAUGUAAUGUAAAACACUGGAUGUGGAUCUGUGUGUCUCGUUGUUUGUUUACACUGUAACCCUGCCAUUUUUAAAUUCUUCUUGGGUUCCCCUUACAAUUACACCUGUCAUUCAUAUUUCAUGUAGUAAGUACGUUACCACUUUCCAACUUGAGUGCACCGACUGCAGCAUCUCGUUUUCUCAAUAUUUUCCUAUUGUGCUGCAAAUGCCACCAGAGAGUGGAUUGGUACUGCAUUCUGUCGAGUCAGUUCUUGUGAUUUAUUGCAUUUAUUUGUCUAGUCUCUUGGCAUAUGUUACGUUCAUGUUUCUAAUGCAAGCCAUUCUUGCUGUGGUUUAAUUCCCAACUUUUAACAUUCCUGUGUAUUACAGCCUCCAGGGGUGCAUGCAAGAGACUUCUCCUUAGCACAGAUAGCUUCAGUUUGAACUGGCUUUGCGGAUGUUGUAGUUCUUUUUUGCAACAAACUAUCUGAGUGUUAUGUUGUUGUUUUUUCAAGUUCUCAGGAAUAUGGCCACCUGUGGAAUAGCGCACAACUAUGUUUUAGGGCACAAUAUUUCCUUCUACAAAACAUCCCCUACCCUGCCAUAAUGUGUGCCAUGUUGUCACCCCCUGCAUGUUGCAACUUUGGGUCACAGAUGUUUAGCUUAUCCAAACGACAACUUAGCAGCUUCGUAGAAACAUGUUGCAGUUCAGUAGUCUUGUAGCCAUGCAAACUUUUAGUAAUGGCUGUUGUUUGAAUUGCAUAGUUGUUGUUCACGCAUAGAGUCUCACAAGCAUUUAUUUUUUUGUUUUGCAAUUAUUGCUAUAAUCUCUGCCGCCUGCUACCAAAGUAAACCAUUUGUUUACUUGCUAAAUUUCUUCAUUCGCUUUCAUAAUGCACUUCUACUCGUCCAUUUUACAAGUGCAUUUUACAAUUCCCUGUAAAACCACUAUUUCUCUUGUGUUCAUCAAGGUCAUCAAAAUGGUCAUUUUGUACCUGUUUAACAUGCUAAGGCUCUUCUUACUUAACAUUGUAUUUAGGGAAUUUAUCGUAAUGCUGCAUUUAUUUGGUAUUUCUGUGUUUGAAAAUGUGAAUUAGUGAUCUGCAACAUUUAUGUGAGUCACUGUGAAUUUUAUUGCAUUCUAAUUGCCACUUAGAACUGGCAACAGAUUUCAAUCAGGUCUCUCUCUCUCUCUCCUUUUUUUUUUCCCCUCGAAUUGCUGAAGAAACAGCCCCUAGCUGCAACUACCUCAACAAUUCUUUUUAGGUACGGGUUUCAGUAUUAUUUUAUCAACCUAAGACAUGUGAAUUUUUUUCACUAGUUUAGUCUAAUUUUUAUCACAAACUUCACACAGUUCAUCCACUACUACAGGUUAUUCUCAGGUUUCAUGCAGCUACGAAAUUGCACCGGACUCUGGUGCACUUUCAAACUUGUUAUUAGGUGCAACACCCUGUGUAUGGGAGGAGCGGGCCUCUUUCAAUACGCUCCAUUAUGCAUUUCUAUACAACUUCUCAGGAUAUGUAUUACAGGUAGCCCUAUUUAUUUAAAUAUCUUUGGGAACAAUUUGUCUCAAAACAAUAUCAAAUAUGCAAGCGAAUAUGCUUAGCCUUCUGUGAGAAAUGGGCAUGACAAAUGGGUUCACUGGUGUUGGUUGUUUCAUGGUGUUUGCACACUGCAUGUAUUGAGCAUAUCUUCCAGGCAAACAGAUCAUGAAAUUGGAAAAGUGAGGCCUUUAGAUUUUUCGUUAAUACCGUGCUUUCAUUCGAUACCUACAGACGUGUCGGGAAAAGGUCAACUUGCAACUAGGGCAUUAAUGAUUUUUACCCUGUCCCAAAAGUGCUGCGUGGUGUGAUAUGAAUUUUGUUGCAUUUUCUUUGUGAUGAGUAAGCAGUGUUAACAAUUCAUAUUGGAACAGCUACACUCUGUUUGCAUUAGCAGUUGUAAAGUGUGACCACAGAUGUGUUAACUGCUCUUUGCUACAAUUUGUUAACACUCUCGCGCAUUUUCUUUCUUCUUCUUUUUUUUUUUUUUUUUUUUUUUUUGUAACCAGCUCUUCAGCUAUGUACACUGUAUAUGUUUAGCAAACUGUCUGAAUAAAGAUUUUCCAGCA